CACCCACCCCCUUUUCCACCAGCCUUCCCCUGGACUUUUCUAGAAGCACACUUCCUCACCAUCACCAUCACCACCAUCACCACCACUACCACCACCACUACUACUAUUAUUCACACACCACUACCACCACCACCACCGAAUCACAUCCCCUUUUGCCCGCUCCGGCCCAAUCAUCAACAAAAUGCCCAUCUUCGAAACCCGAUUUCUCGCAGACCCCGACAUGGCAAGGUGGUGGGUGAUUGUUGCUGCGAGUACCUGGUUCCUCUACAACAAACGCUGUUUUCUCACCAAUAUCCUUUUCAACGAGGAUUGGACCGGCCUUGAGGGGAUGACGCCGGGCGACGAAGACCAGGAUCAACCGGCGCUUUGGACCAUGCUGGCCUGAGCUUUGGCAAGGUACUCGAUAUCGAGGGUGGGAUGAUACAAGGCAAGGAGAGGAGGACUUGUUCCUGGCUGGCUACCUGUAGAGGUACCACAAAUCACACACGCCCAGAAUGAUGGCAUUUCCCCUGGGCUACAACCAGGCGGCGCAUCAGCGGGUAUGUAUUCUGGCUACAAUGAUCAGCACGGCGAAUCAGUGGACCAGUGACUGACGAGCAUGCAGUGGACUGGCCUAUCCUCGCGGCAAGCCGAACCGAAUGUACCGGACCCUGUCAUCCCAUGGACCUCGCUGUCUCUACCAGUUUGGAACCCCACCGCAUAUGCGGUACAUAUGCUAUUGCUAUCAAAUGUAACACGGAUCGUUGGCGU